AUAAAACCAAGCAUUUACUCGUGCUCAACAUGACUUGAGUAAAGUAAAUGGUUUGAGCAUUUACUCAGAACCGUAUGAAUAAAGUUGAACUUUACUCAAAGUAAGUUCGAAUUUCGAACAUAGCAUUUGCUUUGUCAAAAUUGUUGUUUACUUUUGAAAGGUGCCAUUUUUAUGAGAGAGUUCAACGGUUUGAAAUUGAUUUCCGUACGCGUACGAGUUUAAACUAUCUUUUGCAUAUAUUUUUCAUUAAAAAAAAAGAGUUUGUUACAACCUAUUUGCAAAAUGUCAGACGGAGAAUUCACCAAUGAAGAAUAUCUACUGGAUCCGCAAACAAGUAAGCAAAUUAGCUAAAUGUUAAUUAUGAAUAUGAAAUAUUUUUUAUUUUAUUUUUGAUCUUAGGCACUGAUGAAGACGAAAGCUUGGAUGAUGGCGUGAAGCAGAAAACAGGAAAAAAGAUUCUCGAUGAUACUAAGUUCAUUGAGAUAAUGAUCAUCCACGGAAAAGUGCUGCUUGAGAAAUCACAAGCACCACCUAUAAAGGAAAAGAAGAAAAAUGCUGCUAAGGACAUGUGUAUACAACUGCUUAUACAACAUGGCAUAGAUAUGACGCCGAAGCAGGUCAUGAAAAAGAUCAACAACCUAAAAGCAAGGAUCAAGGCAAAAACUGACCGGAAGCAAACCGGCAAUCGGAAAAUCAAUUUAAAUGGGCCUGAAAGAAAGUUUUUCGAUCUGAUGGGAGGUGUUGACAAUCCGAGCGUGAGCAAGCGUCCCUAUGGUGUCGCUGUUGGAUCAUCUGGUAGGCAGCAAGAUACGGCUCUUGAAGAGGACGAAGGACAAAGUGCGGUUAACGAGGAAGCCAACAAUGAAACUGCAAACAUUUCUGUGGAUCAGCUCAACAGACAAAGCGAUGUUAGACAAACUGUCAAUCAAAAAACGAUCCUGGAAGAGCAGCUGAACCUGAUUAAGGCUCAACAAGCGUAUACGGCACAGCUUCAGGCGCAACAAGAUGAGCGUCACGAGAAGGAAAUGGAGUUGCUGAUGCUGAAACGCAAGUUGACUUUAUUGAAAAUACAGCAGCUUGAAAACGAGGAUUGAUAAUUUUUUUCCAGGCUUUACUAUCAAAUAUAUUGGAUGCGAUAUUCUUCAGCAAUAAUAGAGACAAAUCACUAAUAAAAUACAAAAUUUAAUAUUCAAUUUG